UGGAGUGGGCUGUAGCUGACACCCAAUGGAGAAAUUUGUCAGCAUUCCUGUUUUUGUAAAUGCAAACUUGAGAAAAUUUGACUUCUGGUUCGACUUCAUAUCAUAUGCAUUCGUUGGGUCAUCCAAUUUUUCGUGAAGAAAAGCUCUUCUCUUUCUCCUUGCAUGGUAAGACUUCCUCUCUCACUAUAGGCUUGCUCCCUCAUCUGAAAUUAUUAGAGCUUCCUGGACGAUGGUCGUCAAAAGAUAAAGAUUAUCCAGGAUCGAUCACUUUCAGGCUUCAACUCCUAGUUCAGACUCUCCUCAAUCUGAAACUUCCUCAGGCUCACAGCUAUGGGUCGACCAUUCUUUGAGGUACUUAUUUUGAAGGAAAAGAUGCAAGAAUAAAACAAAAGAGUAGAGAAACUUUGAGUCGACUUCACUUUAGUUUCCUUCUGCUUUAGCAUAGGUCACAUAGCCGUGUGUUCUCCCAAUGAACAUUAAGAAGAGCGGCACAUAUGUUGAACUUAUUUACAGCCUGUUUGGUAGAGCGGCGGCCACAGCGAAUCCGUUAAGAGAUCCGCUGGCGGCCAACGCGCUGCCAAACGGCACAGCAUUGGCAGCGGUUCCGCUAGCAUCUGAUCUGCUCUAUGGGGGAGCUUAUUUACCGCUAACGCUUACAUAAAAAAAUAAAAAAAAAAACUUACUUUUUUUAUUAAACCGAUAUCCAUAUUCUACCAUUACCCAUCGUUCUCUUCGCUCUCUACCUUCGAUCUCCAUCUUCUCUCUCUACACCCACCUGCAUCCUAGUCUAUACACCUUACAAUGGAUCGAGAAACUUGAGCUUCUUUGUGUCCACAGCUUCACCCACCUGCUGAUUGAUCUCUACACCUCAGUCGAUCCAGAAUCAAAAGCUUCUUUGAGUCAACAGCUUCACCCACCUGCAUCCCGAUCUAUACACCUCAGUCGAUCCAUUCACGUCACAGCUUCUUAUUUGUGUCCACAGCUUCAGAGCUUCGGAGACAUUCAUCUGCUGACUUCAUUUUCUUCUUAGCCCCUGUAAGGUUUGGUUGAAACUUAUCUUUUCUUCUUUUAUUUGGAUUUUUUUUCUGUAAUGUACUACUACAUUUGAGUUUAUCUGUUCACCCAUAAUAGUUAUAUGAAGAGGAAAGAUGCAGUUGAUUUCAAUUUUUUUCCACAUGAUCUGUGGUCAUUGUGAGUUUUUUAUGGUUAUGCAAUUAAAUUAAAAAACUUCUUUAUCGGCUGUCAUUUUGUUUUUAUGGUUCUGUUAAUAGGAAUUUUCUUCGUGCUUUAUGCACUAUUAUGCUACUGGAUUUGGUUAUUAUGCUAUACAUAUGUUAUAUCCUAUUGGAUGUGCUUUAAUGUAGUGUGUUUAGCGAUGUCACGAAAAGGAAAAGAGAAAGUUGGCUCAGUUGAAGAUGGUGACUAUGAUAAGGUUAGAUGGGACGACAAAUCUACUGGAGUGCUAGUAGAAUUGUGUUAUGAGUCAAUGAAAUCUGUAAACAGGGUUCCCGGUAGUCGGAUCCCCAAGAUUGAAUGGAAGGAUCUCAUUGUCAAAUUGUGUUGGCCAAAGCAUGCUUUGAAAAACAGAUGGGAUGCACUCAGAAAGGAUUGGACCUUGUGGACGAAAAUGAUGUCUAAGGAUACCGGUAUUGGAUGGAAUCCUGAGUUGGGUACGGUUGAUGCUACUAAUGAAUGGUGGGAAGAAAGAUUUAAGAUUGGACACUGUUAACAUGGAUGGUGAUGACAAUAGACGAUCAGAACGUGAAUGGAUAGCGCGGUUUGUAGUAGUUGUGUGUGCUACAGCAGCUGCCAUCCGCUAUUCCAGCUCUCGUGGAUCAUACAUUGAUAGGGUUCCGUGUAGGACAUCAGCUUUACAGGGUUAUCAAUGGGUGACAGAAAUUCUGAGAGGACACCCAGCUAGAUCUUCACAACUUUUCAGGAUGAGGAAAGAAAUUUUUAGAGAGCUAUGCACCGAUCUAAGAGACAAAUAUAUGUUACCGACCACGAACACCAUUUAAAUUCCGAAAAUGGUUGGUAUGUUCCUCUUUACUUUGGGGCAGGGUGCUAGUAAUAGAUUGUUGCAAGAAUGCUUUCAGCAUUCCGGCGAAACAAUUAGCCAGAUUUUUAGGGAGGUUCUACAAAUCGUCUACCUAAUGUCCAUCGACCUUAUCAAACCAAGGGAGAACCAGUUCGAUACAGUACCUUCUAGGAUUAGGAAUGACCCUAAAUAUAGGCCAUUUAAGGACUGUAUUGGUGCGAUUGAUAGUACUCAUAUUCCAACCGUCAUUCCCAAGGAUGAGAGAGAUCGAUUCAUAGGGAGGAAAGGAUUUACUACACAGAAUGUGAUGGCCGCGUGCGACUUUGACAUGUUGUAUAUUUUUAUCUCGGCUGGGUGGGAGGGAUCUGCACACGAUGCGCGGGUAUUUCAGGAUGCAAUUACAGAUGAAUCGUUACACUUUCCGCAUCCACCUCCGGGAAAGUAUUAUCUAGUAGAUGCAGGAUAUCCUAACAGGAUUGGUUAUCUUGCCCCAUAUAGAGGUGAAAGAUAUCAUUCGUCUCAAUUUGAAAAUGGCCGUCGAGCAUCGGGACCUCAGGAGGUAUUCAACCAUGCACACUCAUCGCUUCGAAAUGUCAUAGAAAGAACUUUUAGGGUAACAAAGAAUAGGUGGCCAAUUCUGAGAAAUAUGCGGUCAUUCCCGUUCCCGAUUCAAGUGAAAAUUGUGAUAGCGUGUAUGGCACUUCACAAUUAUAUUCGAUUAAGGGUGACAGAUGACGACGAGUUCAUGGAAAUCGAUGAAGAACCAAGUUGUUCAUAUGAAGAAGGUCCUAGUGACGCUACUGCGGCAGGGAAUGUAGGGGAUUCGGAUCUACGUGACAACCAUACGAUGACUCGUGUUCGGGAUCUUAUUGCAAACAAACUUGUCCGUCGGAGGGAGCGUAAUUGAUAUUGUGGGCAUAUGUAAAAUUAUCUAAGUUAUAAUUAUUUGGAGUUGUGAGAAUGUAAUAUGAUACUUUCUAUUAUUUUAAUGCAUGAUUAUUUAUGGUA